AUGCCUGGGCUACCUUCGUCCGUCGAUCUCGACGAGUGCAUUUCGCGCUUAUACAACAAGGAGUUGCUUGCCGAGUCAGUCAUCGAGGCCGUCUGCGCCAAGACGAAAGAGCUUCUUAUGCGCGAGUCUAACGUCGUCCACGUCCGCGCGCCCAUUACUGUCGUUGGAGAUAUCCACGGACAAUUCUUCGACCUUAUCGAGAUUUUUCGCAUCGGCGGCUACUGCCCUGACACCAACUAUCUGUUCCUUGGAGACUACGUUGACCGUGGCAUGUUCAGUGUUGAAACAAUAUCGUUGCUUGUAUGCUUGAAACUACGAUACCCUAAUCGCGUGCAUCUGAUCCGCGGAAACCACGAGUCGCGCGGCGUUACGCAGUCAUAUGGCUUCUACACAGAGUGUUCGCGCAAAUAUGGCAAUGCCAACGUAUGGCACUACUUUACCGAUAUGUUUGACUUUUUGACUUUGAGUGUUGUAAUCAACGAUCAAAUCUUCUGUGUCCACGGCGGUCUAUCGCCCUCUAUCCACUCGAUCGACCAAAUUAAAAUUAUAGACCGAUUCCGCGAGAUUCCUCACGAGGGUCCUAUGGCUGAUCUGGUUUGGUCUGAUCCUGAUCCUGAGCGCGAUGAAUUUUCCCUGUCACCCCGCGGCGCGGGGUACACUUUUGGAGCACAGGUCGUCAAAAAGUUCCUGGCUGUCAAUAAUAUGUCGCACAUCCUACGCGCUCACCAGCUCUGUCAGGAGGGCUUCCAGGUUCUCUAUGAUGACCGCCUUAGCACUGUUUGGAGUGCGCCAAACUAUUGCUAUCGCUGCGGAAAUAUGGCCAGUGUCCUCGAAGUCAGCGACACCGGUGAACGUUUCUUUAACGUUUUUGCAGCGGCACCAGAGAACGACGUGCACAAGGAUCUUCAGCCAGGAAACGAAAAGUCUGCCGACGGUAAUGCCUUACCAGACUAUUUCUUAUAA